GCGACAGCAGCCAGCAGACGAUCAAUAUGAAAAUCCACAUCGCUUUCGCUAUUCUCGUUUUGGGAGCCGCCUGUGUUCAGGCCAGUGUUUAUAUUUCUGCAUGGAACAUUCAAGUGUUUGGAAAAUCCAAGAUGAGCGAUCCCGAGGUUGUACAGGUUAUUGUGGACGUUAUUGAACGAUACGACAUUUGUGCAGUGCAAGAGGUUCGUGACAUCGAUGAAAUCGCAGUGUACGAUCUUUUAGAUGAGUUGAACGCUCAAAAUAAUGGUGCAUUCAGUCUGGAGUUAGGACCACGUGUUGGAAGGACAUCAUCUAAAGAACAGUAUGCUUUUUAUUACAGGCAUGAUGUGGUCUCGGUUGUGCGCAGUUACACAUAUGAUGACUCUAAACAUGAUUACUUCGAACGCGAACCCCACAUGGUUGAUUUCUCAACAUCACAUUCAGCACUCACCCGUUUUGUAUUUGGAGCCAUACACGUAAAACCAGAUGACGCAGUGGCGGAGAUUGAUUAUCUGACAUUGGUUAAUGACGACGCAGUAGAUGUAUAUAACAACGUGAAUGUUUUGAUUGGUGGAGAUUACAACGCUGACUGUGAUUAUGUUAGAGAGGACGACUGGCAAUACAUCAGUUACAGAACUCAAUCUCGUUUCAGUUGGUUAAUCGGCGAUGAUGCCGACACCAACUUGGCUUCUUCGUCGUGUGCAUAUGACAGAUUAGUAACUCAUGGAGCUGGCUUCACAGACGCGUUCCGACCGGGUAGUGCUAAAGUAUUUUAUUAUGACAUUGACCUCUAUGGAACCCCAAUGGAUCCCACACUGGCAUUGGACGUGAGUGACCACUACCCAGUGGAGAUGAUCAUCGACUAGACGCAUUGAUCCAGACAGUGUAAACACGUCACUGUGAGGUGGUUUAUGAUAUCGUAUUAACAACAAUACCAGCAUGACUGUCUAUCAUUAUUGUAUGAGUGGACGCUCUUAAUACAGUCGAUUAAUUUACCAUAGACCCAUAAUAAAGUUUAAAAGUGUUAACAUAAAUACUGAAUGUAAUGAAUAUUAUGUUCUAUUUUCAACGAGAAA